AUGGAGGACAACAAACUCAAGUCCAACACAUUUACAGAUGAAGGUAGGCUCCCCCAGGUGGAGUUUGCCAUCAAGAAUGUAUCUAAGGCAGGAACCAUAAUAGGGUAUGUAUGCGUGGAUGGCAUUGUUCUCAUAGGAAUAAAUAAGGAGCCUACAAAUGGACCGAUGGAAAAGAUCUACCAACUGAGCGAUAAUAUUUAUUGUGCGUUGUGCGGGUUAUUUGGAGAUGCAAUGAGGAUCAAAAGAUACGCGCGGGUAAAGGCUCAGGAGGCUUUAGAGAAGUUUGGAGUGGAAUGCCCUCUCACAACACUAUGCAAAGCCAUUGGGCAGAAAAAGCAAGCUUUCACCCAAUAUGCAGGAACACGGCCUUUUGGAGCUUCCUUUCUGUAUGCUGGAGUCAUGGGUGGAGAGUAUGCUCUAUUUUCUACGGACCCAAGCGGGACAUUGAAUAGAUGGAGAGGAAUGUGCUAUGGGGAAAAUGAGGAGGCUAUAAACGGAGGACUUAAGAAUGAUAUGCCUGAAGAAGAAAUGGAAAUGAAGAUGGCAACUAUUGAAAUAUUAAAACUUCUCGGAAAGAUUCGAGAGCUGGGGCCAAAAGAAGCAGACCGAAUGGAGAUUCUACAUUUCUCCAAAGAGAGUAAGGUAUUCCUUCCACGUGAUCAGAUCUUGGAAUUUCUUGAAGAAGUUCAUGCCAAAUAA